CACCUGAAGUCUUCACAAAUCAGAGCUAAGGAUCCAGGAGUGGGACUGGGAGACUUGCCCUCUGUUGUAACCCAGCAGGAUAUCAGUUCACCUGCAAAUUCAUCUUUAAGAGGAUGAACAAUCAAUACAUUCGUCGAGAAGUCUUCUGCUGUGAAACCUGUCAUGAGCUCAAAAGCUUCUGGGAGAAGGAAAUUAGCAAACAGACCUGUUACCGGGAACUGGAGGAAGAUCGCCAGGGAAGGAGUGCCCUGAGAAAGCUCAGAGAAGAAUGGAAGCAGAGACUGGAGAAAAGGCUGAGGAUGUUGGACAAUCCUGAUGGGAAGGAGAAGCAGGCAAACACUGUGGGCUGAGAGCUUCCUGCCUCAUAGCCUUCAAAGAUGACAAACCACCAAGGGCACUUUUCUAGGAGAAAAAACUAACACCCAAGUUAUGUUGACUUACUAAGCAGGACGCUCUUUAUUUGCUCUCCCAUUUGUGAAGGGAUUUACAUGUGAAACCUCCCCUAGUGCUAAUGGGACUCUUUAUCCAUCUCAAUCCUCCCUGUCACAGAGGACAGGAUGACCGCCAAUGGGAUGCGAAGCUUGGGGUAUCUAAUAUAAAAAUCUCUUGGAAUUAGCACUUCCAAGUUUCAAAGAUCCACGUAAUGUAAUUUAUUUCCACAUUUUCUUCUCAUUUUGAAAUCUGAAUAUUUUAUCCAGGCUUACCAGGGGCAGUUACUGUUUGGGAACCUGGCUUCCCUAAGUAUUCUGGAAAAACAGAGUCAUUCAAUCUUGUUUCCUGUCCCCACACCCUUUUUCUAAAUGAAGACAGAAAUGCUACUGCUAACAGAAAGAAAGCUAAAGAAAGAAAGAAAUCAUUCUUAUAAAAAGAAUAAUUCUUAACAUUAUGGUUUGAAAAUGAACUGAACUAAAUUAUUUUCUCCUCAUACAAAUUUUUAUGAACUUUUAAUUAGAAGCAUGCAGUGAAAGCAAGAGAAUGUUAAUAAACUUGGUUGUU